GUACUGAGUGUGAUCUGAACGUGGCUUUAUUACUAAGUACAGCAGGCAGGCUCGUAGCAAAAUUUGGUGCGCUUUGAGUCCAAACAAUGAGGUAAAGGCCUGGCUUAUUAUGUUCGGGGCUUACGCGGGUGGCUAUAAGUACUAAGCAGUACCACAUAGAAGAACUCUCCUUCGUCUUCCAAUGUACUGCGAUUUCCGACGAUCUCAUGAAAUCGUGCGCGCAACUUUUCAGUACCAACUACGGAAUUUGGGGCGAAAAAGCAAGAAGUGUCUCGAAGUACAUCAAGCCUGGUCAACCAGUCAAGAUGACUGAUAGCAAGUUGCGAAAUCAUACUGUCCUUGUGACGUGUUUUCAGCAUGAGAAACUUGUCGGCCAUGCCUUCGCUAGUGUCUGGUCUUUUGAAGGAGGUGUGGUCGGGUGGAUCACUCAGCUCGUUGUUGACAGGAAUCUUCGUAGGCGAUAUAUUGCAACUCAGCUGUUGCAAACCCUCAAGCUUCACCCCUUGUUUCAAAGAGUUACAGCCGUCGGCCUUGUUUCGUCUCAUCCCGCUGCGUGCACUGCUUUAGCAAAGUAUGCCAAUGUUGACGUGUGUGCAGUCGACUUGUCUUUCAUUCGUGAACAUGCAGUGAAUGUUCUGGAGGCCUCCCCCGUUGACUACAUCAAGGGCGCGCAACUUCGUGGUGACCUCUUCCAGGAGAACUCACACACUGGGGCUGUUUCAUCCGCAUUCACGGAGUUUUAUGUUGAUCACGCGGAACCAUCCAAGGCGUUGGAACAGUUCAAGGCGAAAGGUAAAUGGUGCUUGGGUGAACUUCUCGAAGGACAUGAAUAUCUUGCUCUCUUUCCCGUGUCGCCUGGCCGGGCCUUGAAGUAGGGCCUAUUGGGGCUUAUGCGCAUGAGCUGGGGAACUGAGCUGCGGCCAUGCUUAUGGGUACUACAGGGCUUAAGCUGAAACAACGAGGCAUGUCAUCAUCUAAUACUCUCGAAGCUGUAAUGUGAACUAGGUUGGUGAUAACCAUGGCCUUAUCGCGUGAAAUGACAAGUCGACGGACGUC